CAUAGCAUGAACCAUCGAAGUGCCACACGAAAGAAUGUUGUCCAAAUUUCCCAGAAGGUCGAUCUUUGCGAUUGCUGCUGCCGUUGGUAAAUCAUUACAAACGGGGCAUUCCUUAACCGUGUUCGGGAACAGAGCGACAAUAGGGAGGCGACAGCAUCAGACUAAUUUCCAUACCGCUCUGUCGGCAUCCUCCAACCUCCGCCUAUCAGAACCAGAAGAAAGUGAAGAAAAUCUAGAUGAAUCUCUGACUCGAUGGGAAGAGAUGUAUCAGCAGGGCGAACAAGCGAGAAAGGAGCAAAUUCUUGGCAUGACGAGCAGUGGUGACAGCAGCAGCAUUGGUAGUGAUAUGAAGGUCGAAGACAGCGGUUCUCACAAGUCCAUAGCCCCUGUUAGGGUAAUCACCUUCGACUUGGACAACACACUGUGGAAAACGUCCGAAACGAUCAGUGCUGCUAACGAUGCCCUGGCAGCUUACMUAUCCACAAAAAAGAACGACAAUGGUAUGGAACUCAAAAUACCCAAACGGAUCGAAAAGGUGAUGGGAGAUCUUUUUGAAGCUGAUAGGCGGCUAUACUCUCCUCUUCUUGGCGCCACAAUUCCUUCGCCAGAUAGAGGGAAUGACGAUUUCAACGACGACGUAUUGAAACAAACUGUAAAAUCACCCGUAUCGUUGACACAGCUUCGCAUCGACGCUAUCUGCUACGUGCUGGAAACAGAAAACGACUUCACUCCUGAUCGCGCAUUGGCUUUUGCAAAGGAUGCAUUUGAUGUGUGGACUAAGGCACGACAUCGUGCUAUUGUCGAUCACAUGGCACCUCUAGUGACAGAAACGCUCAGUUAUAUCCGAACCAGCAUAAUGAGCAACGACAAUCCCGUCUUACUGGGCGCUGUCACCGACGGGAAUUCUGAUCCGCGAAACAUCGACGCUUUGGCACCCUAUUUUGAUUUCUGUGUCAACGCCGAGUCGGUAGGCGUCUCAAAACCCGACAAGAGAAUUUAUCUUCGAGCUAUUCGGCGGGCAAUCGAGGUGCGACCAGACCUUUUUUCCGAUCUACUCCCUUCCGGUAGUGCCAGCAACGACAACUUCCAUGAAACCAUCGACAACGAAACACUAGAAGAUAUGGUUGGGCCUUAUUGGUGUCACAUCGGCGACGAUUUUCUGAAAGAUAUUGUUGCGGCAAAGGAUCUGAAAAUGCGAACUAUUUUUGCGGUCKGGCUGGUCAAAGAAAAACUUCUCGCCAGCGCAGAGACGCAGGAAGAAAACAAAAUGGAUAUGGCAGAAUUUAUCAAAAAGGUUUCUUCAGAAACCGUAAUUACUCUCGGAAUAGGUGCUGAUGAUUACUUAGCUGAAUCUUUGCACGGAGAGUUCGUGGAUGCAGUCGCGGAAGACUUUUCCGAGAUUGGCAAGAUUCUUGUAGAAUGGCAUUCGGAUGCAGACGUUUCUACCUCAACAAAUCAAGCUGCAAGGGAGACCAAAGAAAUGCAGCGGGAUCCUAUACAAACAUCAACAUCAGCAAACAAUAAAGAAGACAAAGACGAUGAAGAAAAUUUUUUGGAAGUUAUUGAGCCGUCUUCGACGGCAGGUGGUGAUGAAUUUUCUAAAGCGCCAUUUGCUAACAGGAAUCGUCAAGGGGAAAUGAACUUUCUUCUACCAAGAGCUUUUCGUAUCAUUCGAGAUGGCUGUAGCGUGGACAUUCCAGCACCACUUCGGAAAAGAGACGAAAUAACGAUGAAGGAUGUGAUGGGAAUGGCGCAAAAGGAAAAGUCCUCCGGUGUUUUUGCUUUCGAUCCAGAUGACGUUGCUGCCUUGAACAAAGGGAAACGAGUAUUAAUGAUUCGUAUCGACGACACGGAUCUAAAGUUUUCUAGAGAAACCUUUUCGAACAUGUCAGUGGAAGAAGUCCUGACCCUGACAGAUGAAAACCCUGUCAGCCUAUCACUAUACAUGGCAGAGGCAUUCGAUAAACCAUCAUAUGAUUUAUUUUAAAUUUGAGCGUUGCCAAUUCCCACCGAAUAAGAGAAACUGUAUUAU